GAGAUGAUUCACUCUGGUCUGAGGAAGGCUUGAGUCAUCCACAAGAUGAUUGGCCUGAUUGUGCUCACUCUCCUGGGCGCUGCAGCGGCAGCCCCCAUGGAUGACAGGAUUGUGGGAGGCUACGAGUGUACACCUAAUACCCAAACCUGGCAGGUAUCACUCAGUAUAGGCUAUCAUUUCUGCGCUGGCUCCCUCAUUAACGACCAGUGGAUCAUCUCUGCUGCCCAGUGCUGGAAAAACCCAUAUUCACAGAUUGCUAUCCUGGGUGAGCAUCACCUGUGGAAUUAUGAGGGUAAAGAACAGUACAUAGCUGUGGAUGCCAUCUAUUGGCACGAGAAAUAUGACUAUCAGACCAUGGACUAUGACAUCAUGCUGAUGAAGCUUGCACACCCUGUCAUCAUCAAUGACUAUGUCGCUCCAGUGGCCCUGCCCUCCGCCUGCCCCAAACCAGGAGACAUAUGUGAAGUGUCUGGAUGGGGAAGCGUCUAUGCUGAUGGUUCAUUAUACCCAUAUGCACUUCACUGUGUGGAGGUCCCGAUUGUGUCUGAUGCGGAUUGUGAGGCCAUCUACCCAGGCCGGAUCACUAAUCAGAUGCUGUGUGCUGGACAUAAGGAAGGAGGCAAGGAUGCUUGUCAGGGUGAUGGUGGUAGUGGUUUGGUGUGUAACAAGGAGCUACAGGGUAUUGUCUCUUGGGGUAAUGGCUGCGCUCUGCCUGACUCGCCAGGGGUCUACACCAAAAUCUGCUCUCUGAUGCCCUGGAUCAAGGAAACUCUCACCAAAUACUCAUAGACAACGAGAGACUUGGAAGACAGAAGGUAGAGAACACAGAAACAGGAAGUGGUGGUUUGUGGCAGAAAGAAGAGCAGCAGGAGAAUGGCGAAGAAGCUAUUGAAAGACGGGGAAACAAGAUCUUCAUUUUGGGCACAAUCAAUAAAAUGUACCAUUUUGUGAUGCA